AUGAAAUUCUACCUAAUCCGGCACGGCGAAACAGUAGACAACAUCGUCAGCCUCUACGCCGGCGUCCGCGACUCCGCCCUGACCGUCCAUGGGAUCGAACAAGCACGCCGUCUAGGCGAUUACUUCGCCAAGAACGACGUGAAGCUUACGCAUAUCUUUGCCUCGCCUUUGCAGCGAGCGUUUAAGACUGCGGAGGCUGUGCGGGAUGCCCAGGUUAAGCUUGAUGGUGGCAGCGGUGGUAAUGGGGAUGGGGAUAGGGAUGGGAAGGCGAGGGUAGAGAUUGUCAAGGUGCCGGAUCUGAUCGAGCAGGAUUUCGGAUUUUACGAGGGAAAAUCUUUCUUCGCUCGCUCGGGGGCGAAGAAGAGUGGGCGGGAGGGUCACUAUGAUAAGCAUAGAAAUGAUCCUGGUUUCGUGGACGUGGAGAGCAGGGAGUCGAUGUGCCAACGUGCCGAUGCUUUUCUGGAUCAGCAUCUUCUCCCCCUCAUGCUCGCACAAUCACAGGGUGCAGACCCCGAAACGACGAUCGCAGUUGUCUCGCACGGCAUGCUGCUGGCGAGUUUGUGGAGGAGGUUAUUGCUUCGUCUGCCGAGGAAGAGUCUGAGGAUUGCGCCUGAGGUCACGACUGCGAGAGGCCCGGUUGUGCUGGAGCAUUUGGGUGGGUGGAGUAAUACGGGAUACCUUGAGCUCGAACUCAUGCGGGGUGAGGUCAAGGGGACUCUGCAACCUGCUUCCGAAAAAGACGUCCCGAAUACGGAGCUGCCGACGCUGGCUAUACCACCAUCAAUUGCUCCUGCAGAUGUGUCAGCGCCUACACGGUCUACACCUGUGCCGCCGCCAGCCGCUGCCGAGGAAGCAGAAGGCUCGUCAGACUCUGAAAUCUUCGCCACAUCGUCGACAGCACUAUCAGCGCCUAGCAAAGCCCUCUCCCUAGCUGGCUGGUCCACAGCUAUACUCGCUGUAGACAGUAAAGAGCAUCUCGUCGGCUUCAAACGGCAACGCGGUGGUAUCGGUCGCAUCGCCCACGACGAAGGGCAGAAGAAACUGGAUGGCUUCUUCAAGCGGCAGAAGAAGGGAUGA